UGCGCAUUGGUACCACGUCGCCCGCGGCCCCUCUGGCUUGCCGUCCUUUCCCGGCAUGCCGAGCGGUCGGGGUUUCGGCGGCGCCAUGGCGGCGGCAGCCGCCUCCGCGAAUUCGGACAUGUUUGACGAGAUUGUGAUGGCUGAGGAGAGGUUUCAUGGUGAGGGGUAUCAGGAGGGGUAUGCUGAAGGCAGUCACGUUGGAGUUAUUGAGGGAAGGAGGUAUGGAUCGCUCCAUGGUGCCAAGAUUGGGUCAGAGAUUGGCAGCUACCUUGGGUUUGCACUGACGUGGCAGUGUCUGCUCCAGAAAUGCACAGAUGAAAAGAACAGCAAAAAGAUAAGGGCUCUGGAUUCAUUAAUAGGGAUGAUUCAGAAAUUCCCAUAUGAAGACCCCACUUAUGAUAAGCUGCAAGAAGAUCUGGAAAAAAUCAGAGGAAAAUUUAAACAGGUUUGUUCAAUGCUAAAUAUUCAGUCUGAUUUUAGAAUCGAUACUGAAAGAUCUUCACUAACAUUUUGAAUAUAACAGAUGAAGAUAAACAAGGAUGAGCAAAGAAGAAACAUUAAAAGAACAGAUAACUGGAAAAGUAUUUAUCUACUCUUUGUUUUAAACAAAAUCAAAACAGUGAAGAGGUGCUGAAUAUUAAAGGAGAAAGGGAAAACCAUUGAAUUUGCAAUAGUACUCAUAUGGCAUUUAACGUUUGUUAUCUCCAGGUUUUAUUUAGGAUUGCUGAAACACCAGUGCGUAAACCUGUUAAAUAUUUGCUGUAAUUCUUCACUAGCCUUGCACUGAUGGAUUAAUUCCUUAAAAGGAAAACGUACACAUUUGCAAAGUUUCCUUAUUUAAAAGGUGUAUGUUACUUAAAAAUCUGUGUAUGCAGAUCAUUCAGUUUACACGAUGUGUAGGUAUUGUAGAUGAAGUAAAAUAUAACCAGUUACCUGCAGACUUUGCAGUAGGAAACAUUUUUGUACAUAAAGGAUAGAAUGACAAAUGAAAUCAGAAUAUGAAGGAGAAAUAUCAAGAUACUUGCUCGUAAAGUAUCUGCCGCUCAGAACAUGAAAUUUGCACUUUCCACAAGUUCAGCAGACUGAUGCAGUGCAGGGGGGGAAAAAACCCCACCAAACCCCCACAAAACCCAGCAAUUAAAGUGAUCAAUGAGAGAAACGUGACUACCAGAAGAGUUGUGAUACUGAUACUAGUAUUUACUGGUACCUUUUAUCGAGGGACAGCUCUUUAUCUUCCAGUCUUGAAGAUAUAUUCUUUAGUCUCAUUCAAAAAAAUGGAUGCUGUCAGCUAAAUGUAUUCAGCUAUGUUAGUUUAAGAGAAAUACAGUCAAUUAUUUUACCUGAAAAGUGUUUCAGGUUGGGCUACUAGAUGUCUUUGCAUACCCCGUGCAAUACAGUUAUAUAAUGAAUAUAUACUUCCAUCAGUCGUAGCGUAUACAUGUCUGGCUAAGUCGACAUGGUAUAGUAUAGCUUCAUAAAGACAGGUUGGACUAUCAGGGGUAUCGAAAGCUGUUUGGAGGGGAAACUAUCUCAGGUGAAGGAAAUGUUUUAAUAUGGCCACAUCCUUGAACAGCACUACUUUGUGCCAUCUAGACUCCAAUUUGUUUUACUUGUGUGGCUUUUUUAUUAUACAAGAAAAUAAUCGACAUGAAUUUUUAAAAUGUUGACUGUGCAUUCACAUCUGGGAUAUGAGGGACGUACAUUCUGCUAAAAUUUUUGGAUUUUGGGCUCUGAAGAUAGAAGUUUUGCUGACAGUAUGGAGGGAGUGAUGAGCAUAUUUAUUGACUAAUUUCAAAAUAAUCUUUUACUUUUUGUCUGUUUCCUGGGUAUGGAAGUAUGCCAAUGUCAGAGCCUUUUCUUAAUAACUGGUUGCUGGUGUACUUUGUUUGUUUAAUUGUCUUAAAGAUGUAAGUGUUCAAACAGCUUUGAUACACAUAGUGAGUGUCAGGGCCAUCUAGUGGAGGAGGUCGUUGUAUUGUGUAAGAAUGUAAGAGUUCACAAAUAUUUAUAUAGAUAGAAGUUGUUAAAAUAGAGAGGACAGAACAUAUGUGCACAUGAUACAGCCCUUCUGAUUAUAUGGUGGAUUUCUUUGAAAUAAAGUAAUAUUGAGGUAGGAUUCAUUUGUAGCUUGUUUCAUCAUUUGAGACCCUGGAAGGGACAUGACAACAUUGAUAGUUUCUUCAUUUAGGGCAAUUUCAUUAAGCUGGCUUUUAGUUGUUAUGCUGUUAAACCACUGGGAACCAGAACAAGCACCAAACUGCAAGUAUCUGAAAAUAGAAGCAAAAUAAAAUAGCAUGUCCUGUAAUCUCGGUAAAUAGGGAGGCACAAACCAAAAAGAUUACAUACUAGAGAAAAGAAAGCUGAUUUGACUUUAUAAUCACUUCCGAGAAAUCCAAAUUUGAAAAAGUUGCCUCUGCAUCCACAAAACAGUUUAUUUUUGCAAAUCAAAGUAUUUUACCUCUUUACUUCAAAUUAAGGAAAGGUACUAGAUAUUAAUCUGUGAUUGACUCAAAAUAUUUUUUGUUGAAAUCAUGAAUUACGCUGUAAGUAAACUCCCUCUUGAUUUUGGCCUAAAAAAAGACAGUUUUGUUGUUCUUCUGAAUGGUAGUAGAAAGAAAAGUAAACAAUGGAGGUCUAAGUAUUCAGGUUUUAAAAUGUGGCCUUUUUUGGAAUCUUUGUACAUGACUUACAAAAACGUAUGUAAAAGCAAGGGAAGGGGUGCGAGAGCUCCAAGUAUGUGUGAAGCAUUUGAUUAAUACUAGUGUAUGAUACGUAAGCUAUCUGCAAAGUGCUACUAUAGAGAUUGUAUCGAAAACAAAAUUAUUUUUGUUCGACUAAGGAGAGAAAGGAUCUUUGCAGAUCAAGCAGUUAAUGACUUUUACAAAUUGGUGGCUAAUUUUCUUACAUUGCUUUAAUUUUAUUUAUAACAAAUUUACAUUAUUGGAAUACAUUAUUUAUAUAUAUAAAAAAAUAUAUAUACACACAAUUAUAAAGAUUGUAGCAAUCAGGAUUUCAAACUGGGAUGUGCCAGGUUUAUGGUUGCCUGUUAUAGGUCUUUAAUUUAGCUCUGAAUGUGUGUAGACACUGAUGGAGUCUCUUAUUCCAUGAGUUUGUAUUUUUCUGAAUAUUUUCUGUCUCAUGUCUUUUAUGCGCCCGAUAGUGUUUAUUAAAUGAGGUAUGGUUAACAAUUCUGUUGGGUAUGUAGUCAUAUACUUUCUUUGGUGCCAACUUUUUAAACUGUUUUCUGCAACAGAGUUGUGGGGUUUUCUGUGAUGUUCAGGGCUUUAACAGUGGAGUCUUCACAGCAUACUUUACGGGUAACUUUUUACCUUGUUUACAGCUAAGGAAUUAAAGCCCAGGUUACAUCAAGUAUAUUGAUUUGCCUUAACCAAUGUGAGAUGUCUAACAAGACUCCUUCCAAAUAAUUUUGCCUUUUGAGUACUUGAAUAUUUCAGAACAUGCUUCUUGCCAACAUCAAGAGUGGAUAUGAGUACUGGCUUUUUUUGCAUGUUUCCAUUUUUGCCUGUGUUUCUCAGAUGAGUCACCUAGAAAAUGAGGAACAUUACACACCUGUGUAAGGUGUGUGUUUAAGACAACUAGAAUGUUAGUGGGCAAAAAACCCCCCAUCAAAAUAAAAAAAAAAAGUAUUCAAUUUUGUGAGAUCUAAAUGUAUGUUUUCUUUUCUUUUGACACCUUUCCUGUUAUGUUAAAAUCUUCCUAAAUGAAUUAAAACAAAUUCUUAUAAAUAGCUUCAUUAGUUUCACACCCUGCUUACUCAUCCUGUGUCUCAAAUGGCCAGGACUCUGGUUGAAGUAAAUGCUGUGCUAUAAUUAAAGACUUGAUCAGAAGAUCUUUGCAGAGAGGCUGAAUAAAGCUUCUACGGAGCAUGGUGAUUCAGACAUUUCCUGGUUUGAAUAAUUGACUCUGCAACUUCAGUAUUGCUUUAAAGGCUGGGUGGAAAAGAUAAAGAAAAAAAUGCAAUCUUGUAGGUUAUAAUAUUGGCUGUUAAUAAGUGGGAUAAUAGAGAUUGUGGAUCUGUGCUGUAUCAUCAAACAGGUUUGAAAUUUGAGAAGUACUUGAUCUGUUAAGAACAGUUAAGAUAGAAAAUUUCUGCUAAAAUUAUUGAAGUUGCUAAGACUUUAAAUAUAUUGCUGUAUUCACCACCUCUAGUUAUUGCUCGGUAGUUAGGGAGGAAUGUUUGAAACAUUUAGCUUCCAAAUUUCUGACUUGCCUGGGCUGCGUUCUAGCUUGUUUUCUUUCUUCAUGAUCAUCUCAGCUGAAGUUGUAGAAUACAGAAUUUUAUUAAAAGGUGGAUACAAAGCUAAUUACUGCUAGUGUACUGAAGUCAUUGCAGUCCAGAAGACUUGUAAUUUUUCUUUUGACAAUAAGUGAUGAGUAGGAGAAAUAGUUUUGAGGCAUCAGGAGAGAAAGGUAAACUCUGACUAGAGUGAAUUCAUUCC